CCUAGGAUCUGGGGCGCCAGCCCUCCGGUGGGCAGGGCGUUCUCCCCUCCCACCUCACCCCCCGCAUGAUGACAUCAUGUGUUUGGGGCUGAGUUGCUCCAUAAAAGCAGCCCCGGGGAGGGGAGACAGGAGCGCGAAGAGCGGACGUGCUAGCCAAGGCACACGGGCUGCGCGCACGCGGUCCUGGUGUGCUGCCAGAGCACGAGCCGCCACUGGGAGCCCCCGGGACAGCAGGAGCCCGCCCCGCAGGAGCCCGCGAAGAUGCCCCGGAGCAGCCUGCACGCGGCGGCCGUGCUUCUGCUGGUGAUCUUAAAGGAACAGCCUUCCAGCCCAGCCCCCGUGAACGGUUCCAAGUGGACCUAUUUUGGUCCUGAUGGGGAGAACACCUGGUCCAAGAAAUACCCAUCGUGUGGGGGCCUGUUGCAGUCCCCCAUAGACCUGCACAGCGACAUCCUCCAGUAUGACGCCAGCCUCACGCCCCUCACGUUCCAAGGCUACAAUCUGUCUGCCAAUGAGCAGUUUCUCCUGACCAACAAUGGCCAUUCAGUGAAGCUGACCCUGCCCUCGCACAUGCACAUCCAGGGGCUCCAGUCUCGCUACAAUGCCACACAGCUGCACCUGCACUGGGGGAACCCGAAGGACCCGCAUGGCUCUGAGCACACCAUCAGCGGAAAGCACUUCGCCGCCGAGCUGCACAUCGUUCAUUAUAACUCAGACCUGUAUCCCAAUGCCAGCAGUGCCAGCAACAAGUCAGAAGGCCUCGCUGUCCUAGCUGUUCUCAUUGAGAUGGGGUCCUUCAAUCCGUCCUAUGACAAGAUCUUCAGUCACCUUCAACGUGUAAAGUACAAAGGCCAGGAAGCAUUCAUCCCGGGAUUCAACAUUGAAGAGCUGCUUCCGGAGAGGACUGCUGAGUAUUACCGCUACCAGGGGUCCCUGACCACACCCCCUUGCAACCCCACUGUGCUCUGGACAGUUUUCCGAAACCCUGUGCAAAUUUCCCAGGAGCAGCUGCUGGCUUUGGAGACAGCCCUGUACUGCACACACAUGGACGACCCUUCCCCCAGAGAAAUGAUCAACAACUUCCGGCAGGUCCAGAAGUUCGAUGAGAGGCUGGUAUACACCUCCUUCCCCAAAGUGCAAGUCUGUCCCGCCACAGGACUGAGUCUGGGCGUCAUCCUCUCGCUGGCCCUGGCCGGCGUUCUUGGCAUCUGCAUUGUGCUGGUGGUGUCCAUUUGGCUUUUCAGAAGGAAGAGUAACAAAAAAGGUGGCAACAGGGGAGUCAUUUACAAGCCGGCCACCAAGGAGGAGACUGAGGCCCAGGCUUGAGGUCCCCGGAGCUCCCAGGCGCAUCCAGGAAGGACUUUGCUUUGGACCCUACACACUUUGGCUCUCUGAACACUUGCAGCACCUCAAGGUGUUCUCUGCAGCUCAAUCUGCAAACAUGCCAGGCCUCAGGGAUCCUCUGCUGGGUGGCCAUUUAUCUUGGGACCAUGGCGACUCCAGAGCCGUCCGCUCCAUGGAUGGGAUGUGCUCUCAGACCAAGCAGCAGGAACUCUGAGCUGCUUGCUGUAUCUGUGUGAGAUCAUUAAGUGGUCUGAAUUCUGGGAUCACAUGCUGGUGGGCCAUUAAUGGUUGGAAAAUAAUUCAUCUAGGGCUUUGCCAGAACAUAUUUUCAAGUGUCCUGGAAAUUCUGCUGCUUCUCCAAGCUUUCAGACAAGAAUGUGCACUCUGCUUAGGUUUUGCUUGGGGAGCUCAACUUCUUUCCUCAGGAGAUGGGGCAUCUCCCUCUGAUUUCCUUCUGCUAUGACAAAACCUUUAAUCUGCAUCUUACAACUCCAGGAUGAAUGGGGACGGGAAGGAUCAAGUUGCAGAGAGAAAAA